UCUCUACAUUUUUCUCGCUCUUAAUUGAUGUUUGAUACAUAUCAUUCUCUCUCUAACGUGGCCCAGGUGGACCAAACGAAGGUGAAGGACCAGAAAAUUCGAGUGAGAAAAAAAUCGAAUUUGAAAGGAGGGAACUUGCUAAUGGGAAGUUAUGAGAAAAUAAAGGAGGGAACUUUGGAAGAAGGAAGCUAUGAGAGAAAGUUAGCUGCGAAGUGGGUGCCAGAAAUACAGGCAAAAAUGUCAUCUUUCUCUUAUGCCAUCGAUCACGACUGGUCUGCUAUUCCCGGCUUUUGGGGCUCUUUGGCGGUUUGUCCCGUUCAGAUGCUACGCGGGAAGAAAGAGAGAGAAAACAGGGGAAGCAACCUUAGCUCUCUCACAACCCCUAUUUCUCCAUUAUCUCCUCGUAACUUCCAAUUUCUCUUUCUUUUCUUCCUCUUUUCUUGUCCAUCUAUCUUAGUCAUCCUUGCACGGCGGCCCUUCAGCCAUCUGGUUCUUUCUUCUUCCGCUUCUCUAGCUUUUUUUGUUCCUCUUGUUCCUCUUCCUCCGGCUGUCUUUUGAAACUAGGAAAAGGAUGAAGAAGAAGAUUAGGGUUUCUGAGGGGCUCUCUUCGGCUUCGACUUCUUAUUUCUUUAUUGGGGAGGAGGCGAGGUUGAGGUUCAAGUACCACUGUCUCUUGCAGGAUUAUCAGGAGUUGUUCAAGGAAACUAAGGAAAAAGGGGAGAGAUUGAAAAUGAUAAUGCAGAAGAAACUCCAGCUCUUGGCUGAAGUCAAAUUCUUACGACAAAAAUGCCAUCAGUUUUCAGCAGCUCAGACUGUUCAAUCCAAAUUAAGGAACCAGUCUCACACAUUUCCUCCCGCUUCUGUUUGUAUAACUGAACCUAAAAAUCCAUUGUUUCAAACUAAGCUUCCUUCGAAGAGUAGGAACCGAGAAAUGAAAGAAGUUCCUAUUCCAACUUCUACUCCAUUGUUAGAUUUGAACCAGGUUUUCUUGCCAACUGGUGAAGAAAUGGAGAGGUUUGAAGUGAAAGAGAAGCUCUUGAAUGUGGAGAUAUUUAAGAAAUUAUCAAGGCAAAGAGAAGAUGUAUUAGCUAAUGAUUCUGUGUUCUCGGUUCUUAGAGAUAGAAGGAUGGGCUGGGCAGGUAAGAGGAGAGUUUCAUGGCAGGAUCAACAGACAUUGAGGGUUUAAGAACCCGUUCAUGCUUCAGUGGUUAGGAAGUUCUGCAAAAAUUACAGAACCUCUACCUAUUGGAACUAGUCAUAAUUGAAAAAGUAUGCAUGCAGCGUUUGUUGAAGGAGAGAAAGGAUUGUUUUCCAUUAUUUGUUAUACAUGUUAAUUGUUAGUGAAAAUAUGCUGUUUGUAGUUCAAAGUAAGCUUAUUUUCGCAAAUGUUAAGCGUUUUGGUGCUAUCAUGAGAAUGAGAAGAAAUCCAACCUGAAGGAACUUUUACAAGAGGUAGCGGGAAGUGAGAGCCAUAAUUUUGAUUCAUGUGGCAAUAUUUUUUUUCAUUUUUUUUGUAAAUUUAUAGGACAGGAUAUGCAGCAAUAAGAUUAAUGAAUUAAUUAAUAUUGAAUAGUUAUGUUGAACCCAAAUUUGCUCGCGAAUCACACCCGAAGAAUAGAGUCAAGAGAAACAUA